AGAGCCUGCAUGCACUGAUCUUCAUCUCACAUAUUCGCUUAUACUCUGCCGUGUUUAUAUAACAGUGACCUCUGACGAGCAGAUUUCUCUGUUUCCAAGUUAACCUACCCAGAGUGUCCGACGCAAAUAGUUCUCAAUUGAUCUUCAGUUCUUCUCUAAGCUCAUCUCUUAGCUGUCGUGCUGUUGCCCACAAUGUCGCAAUAUGAUGAGCUUCUUAGUCACGAUCUUUUAGAUACUCGAGUCGACCACUUUGACUUUCCCCAGCCUGAGCAGCUACGCCUUUCCUACGAGAGAGCAAGGGCUGUCUGCCAGAAAAGUGGGAUAACAGUUGAAGAUGUGGUCAAACUAGGGCCCAAAUUCUGGGAAUUCUAUCGUCAUCCCAUCUUUUGCAGAGACUCGGCCAUGGGAACUGCUCUGAGUAUCCACUGGAAUCUGUGCAUUGGGACUAUUGGGGCGUAUGCACAUUGCCGACCAGAUCUUGCACCAUUGCUGGAAAAGCUCAUCAGGUUCGACCUAUGUGGUGAAUUCUUGUUAACUGAGAUUGGGCGUGGAUUGGAUGCACGUAACCUGGAAACAACGGCAACACUGCAGUCAGACGGCUCUUUCGAUUUACACACGCCCAGAGAAUCUGCUGCCAAAGCUAUGCCACCAACGAGUCCGGCAGGUGGUAUAGGCCGGGUUGGUGUUGUGUUUGCACGGUUGAUGGUGAACGGUGCAGACCACGGCGUGAAGCCCUUCGUCGUAAACCUGAGCGACGAGAAGGAUAUGCUGCCGGGUAUUACGUCGCGUCUACUACCGAGACGAUGUGGCGCCAAAGUCUUAGAUCACGCUAUUACUACUUUUGAUCAUGUGUGCCUCAACGCGGGAUCGCUUCUGGGAUCACUGGACCGUGCCGAUAACCAACGGGCCGAGUUCUUCCGCCAGAUUCACAGAGUAGCGGUAGGAACACUAUCGCUCUCCAUGGGUAAUAUCCCUUCUCUCCAACUGAGUGCCUUGAUUGCUGGGACCUACAGCUCCAGGAGGCGUGUCGCGGCAGACGGCGGGAGAGAAGGCAUACCUAUCAUUCAGUUUUCGACGCAACAUAGACCAAUUCUUGAUGCUAUUGUUCAAAGCUGGGCAUAUGAUGCAUUUGCAGACGAGGCUAUAUCCCACUUCUUAAACAACGAGCUUAGUUUUGAGGCUCGCCACGCAAUCGUGGUUUGUUUCAAGACUGCCGUCGGUACGGACACUCAAACCACUAUUAACGAGCUUGCCGAGCGUUGUGGCUGGCAAGGGCUGUUUGCUCAUAAUGAAAUUAUUGAAUUGGCAAUGGCUUUGAGGGGAAAUGCCAUCGCUGAGGGUGACUAUACUGUCUUGUGUAUCCGGCUGGUAUCUGAAGUGCUCCUCGGACGAUACAAACUCCCUGAACCCAAGGAUAGAACGUGUCUCCUUGCGAAACACGAGGCCGGCGUAUGGCAAGAGGCUCAUGAGAUGCUGCUGUCUCUUGGGAUCACCAAUUACCGUAGUGAGGAAGUUAAUGCCCACCUAUUGCCACGUUGUCGAGAUAUGGUCAAGGCUGCGGGACAUAGGAUGGCGUAUGAGGCAGCUGUUGCUAGUGGGAAAGUGAAGCCAGCAGCUCUGCGACUUUUCGAAUCAUCUUGCAUCAAAUCGGAUUUGAGCUGGUAUUGCCAGUCCGAGGGCUUUAAACGAAACGAAUUUCUUGCAAACGAUGUAAAGGCAGUGAAGGAAGCACUCCCACUUCUCCAGGAAUUCCUCACUCAGAGGCGGCCAUUGAGAGCGACAGUAGCCCCUAUAGUACACGAGACGUCAUGGAACGAGUUCUUUGAGAGCCUUCCUAUCUUCCAGCCUACAAGAACUGUCUCAUCAGCAUCGCCGGCAUUAUACCGAUUAUAAAGCCUGCGAGGGAAAAAUCAAAAGGGUGUCAACAUGUAUUGUAAUUAAAGAAAGAUCAAAGCGCGAACACCUAACGAGGUGUUGAUGACUCGAUAGUAUCGUACUUAACGAUGUUAUCAUGCGAGCUAGUAGGCUUAUGCUUCAGUAGAUUGCCUCCGGAGAAGUGCACUCGAAGUAUUAAUAUCAACAGCUCGUGAUAUGAGGCGGCUCGGCGGCUAAGCCACGAAACAGAGCGACAACAACUGUUCACAUAACAUCGAUGUGC